AUGGCGGCCGCAACUGGCUGUAACUUAACCACUCAUCUCAUCUUCAGGGGUACCCUCCCCUUCAUCCACUCUUACCGGCGCACCAUCGCCGUAGCCUCCGGCGGCCUACCGGGAAAACGCCGCCGCAGCAUCGCCGUCCCACCCCAUAAGGGAAAAUUCGCACCUUCACCGCUGAUAAGAUCCUGUCCUCAGAUUUCCAUUUCCUAUGGGGGAGGAAUAAGAGGAAUGCCGGUGUUAUGCUACUCCACGGAGACGGAGGCGCAGAAUAGCACGGCCGCGACAACCCCGACGACGGUGGGUGAAGAUGAUGGUGCCGCCAUUAGAGAGGCGGCCAACACUCUGGACCUGAGAGUGGGGAAAAUCCUCAAGGCCUGGAGGCACGAGGAGGCCGACUCUCUCUACGUGGAAGAGGUUGAUGUUGGUGAACCCGAGCCCAGAACCAUUUGCAGCGGCCUUGUCAAAUACACUCCCCUUGAGCUUCUCCAGGAUAGGAGUGUAGUUGUUUUUGCUAAUCUAAAGCCUAGGAAUAUGCGUGGUGUGAAGUCUUUUGGAAUGCUGAUGGCUGCUUCUGAUGCCGCACAUGAGAAUGUCGAGCUUAUUGUGCCACCUGAGGGUGCAGUUCCAGGUGAGAGAGUGUGGUUUGGCUCCCUUGACGAAAAGGAUAAACUACCUGAAGUUGCAUCACCAAACCAGGCAAGUUUUUACGAUCAGUAA